UUCCUCUUGGAGAGCGCUGUUCUAGGUCCUUGUGACGGCGUCUCCAACUCCGCUUCCUGACCUCAGAGGCCGAGGACUAGUUCUCCCCUCGCCCCAGUGCUCCGAGUCCCCGCGGCUGACUCGGCUGACCCGCCGGGGACCGGAAGUGUGUGUAUCCGCGCCGGUCUCCCGCGAGGUGCCGCCGGAAAUAGCAGUUGCUGGAGACUCCCGGGCCGGCGAUGGCGGCGAUUCCCCCGGACUCAUGGCAGCCGCCCACUGUGUACCUGGAGACCAGCAUGGGGAUCAUUGUGCUGGAGUUGUACUGGAAGCAUGCUCCCAAGACCUGUAAGAACUUUGCUGAGUUGGCUCGUCGAGGUUACUACAACGGCACCAAAUUCCACAGAAUCAUCAAAGACUUUAUGAUCCAGGGAGGUGACCCAACAGGGACAGGUCGAGGUGGUGCAUCUAUCUAUGGCAAGCAGUUUGAAGAUGAACUUCAUCCAGACUUGAAAUUCACAGGAGCUGGAAUCCUUGCAAUGGCCAAUGCAGGGCCAGACACCAAUGGCAGCCAGUUCUUUGUGACCCUUGCUCCCACCCAGUGGCUUGACAGCAAACAUACCAUUUUUGGCCGUGUAUGCCAGGGUAUCGGAAUGGUGAAUAGAAUAGGAAUGGUAGAAACAAACUCCCAGGACCGACCUGUAGAUGAUGUGAAGAUCAUUAAGGCAUACCCUUCAGGGUAGACUGUCACUUCUCCUAGGCACACUCAGGUCUUCUGAGAUGGCAGCAAAUCAGCAUCCAGAUGACCUAGAAUGUUUUGAAUUACAAAUUAUAAAGCUAAGGAAGUCUGGGGUCUUGGGUGAGUUAGAGAUGGAAGUGUAUCUUAGCAGGAUAUCUCUUCUUUCCUUGUUAUAUAGUUUGAAAAAGCAUUUGCAGAGGUGCUCAUAUGUACUGAUUCACAGGUUACUGUCCAUUACCAGUGACCCACACUGCUCCUUCUGGUGUGUCUGCUCUGAGAAACUUGAGGAAAAAAAAAUAGAACAGACUGACAUUUAAAAAUAUUUUUAUUUAUUUUUUUUAAUGAGAGAGAAAUAUCAGAACACUGCUCAGCUCUGGCUUGUGAUAAUACUGGGUGUUGAACCUGGGACCUUGGAGCUUCAGUCUUGAAAGUCUUUUUGCAUAACCAUUAUACUGUCUCCCUGGCCCCAGACCUGUCAUUUUGCAGUGCCCAACCAAACUUCUUCCUGCAGAGAUUUAUAUUCUAGCCUGCACUGCAAUCUUUGGUGCUUGACAGGCACAGAAUUCAUAACCAAGUAGUGUCUGUCAGCCUUCUUAACUCUGUGCUCUAUUUCAGUCUCUUAUAUUUGUUCUUCCAAGGAACGUAUGCAGCUCUCUCUAUAUUUUCCCCUCUCAAAACCCGAACACCAACACUGCUGUUUCUGACACUUAGACUUCCCACGCAAAACCAUGUUGAAUUUUUGCCAAAUGAAGACACAUCCAACAAUCAAGUUUCUAAGAAAGUAUCAAGUGAGGAAUGAUAAUGUGUAAUAAUCGAGAAGUGAAUUUAUUAAAAGGAAGCAGAAACAUUGACCAUUUUUUACCCAGAAGGGAGUCAGAAAUCUGUAGUGAGCAUAAGGAUAGACUGUGAAUUAUUUUUAAAAAUCAGUGUUCUCAUAAAGGAGAAGCAACAAGGUGUUUUUGUUUAUUUUUUACAUAAAACCUUAGAGAAACUAGACAAGAGAUUUUUAUAUAUUAAAUCCCCCUCCCCGAUCUUUCUGAUUUAAGCUUAUGCCUAUGUAAUGCAUACACUUCCAAAAUAAAUUUCCAUUGAUGUUUGAAA